UAGGAUAGACUAAACGUGUGGGGUAGACUUUAGACAGCUGGAGUUGAUAGUUACAUUGCGGUAAGUUGGCAGACAGGCUAAUUGGAACUUCAACCUGGAAGUCUUUAAAGUCCUCAAGGCUCGCGCAAUCUCGUUUCCAAUAAUAUCUUCCUUCCUCAAGCUUCUUACCUGACGCGCUAUCGCGAACAAUAACUGGAUACUCAUCCGAGUAUUGUCCUAGCGCCAUGGAAGGGCAAAUUGACGACUUCGUCCUUGUUAACCACGAGGACGCCGACUUCGCACAAUCCAAGCUCGGUUAUCUUGGGGAGAUCAGUGACUUCAUCGACAACAUAGCAGAUGACUUAUGGCCUGUCAACAAGAAAAUCCACGACAACCCCGAGCUUGGCUACGAGGAAUUUGUCGCUCAUGAGACUCUGACAAAGUUCAUGGCUAGCAGACCAGGUUGGAAAGUGACUCCAUCUGCCUAUGGUCUGGCUACCGCGUGGGUUGCCGUUUUCGACAGUAAAAAGAAAGGUCCUGUGGUAUCAUUCAACGUGGAAAUGGAUGCAUUGGACGGGAUUGGACAUGCGUGCGGUCACAAUCUCAUUGCUACCGCAUCUGUAGCUGGUGGGUUGGCGACGGCUAAGAUAAUGGAACAAUAUGGAUUAGGUGGAAAAGUUGUCAUGUUUGGGACUCCCGCUGAGGAAGGCGGAGGCGGUAAAAUCAAACUCUUGGAAGCUGGUGCCUACCGGGAUCACAAUGUCGAUAUCAACUUGAUAUCUCAUCCUGGCAUCACGGCGGAUACCGCUUUGAUGCGGACAUCUGCAUAUACCGCAUUCAAAGUUGAAUACUUUGGACGUGAGGCCCAUGCCGCGGCAAGCCCUUGGCUAGGUAUUAACGCACUUGAUGCGUUGAUCACGGCUUAUAAUUCACUGUCCGUGCUCCGCCAGCAAACGAUGCCGGGUGAUGUCAUCCAAGGGAAUAUCACAGAUGGCGGGGUUCGACCGAAUGUGAUCCACGCUUAUACGGCUGGCAAUUUUGUGACGCGCGCCAAUACCCAAGGUAGGGUUAAGGAGUUGAAGAAGAAGGUCGACGCCUGCUUUGAAGCUGGAGCAACAGCCACAGGUGCAACACUUAAGAUGACUCCGGUGCAGUCUUACGCUGACCACGUCCCUAACCGAGUGCUGGGCGGUUCUUAUCGCAAAUACUUCAAUGCGCUGUCACCUCCGCGACCAAUCCCCGGAAACGAUGACCAGGAUGAGCUUGAAGGCCGAACAAUGGCCAGCACAGACCAAGGUGAUAUAAGUUAUGCCAUGCCCAGCUUAAGCGCAGGCUUUGCUAUCCCACCGGGACCAGGGGGCAAUGGACCUCAUAAUCCUGAGUUCGCGAAGGCGGCCGGAACGAGGGUUGCAUUUGAGAGAUGUCUGCGAGUAGGAAAAGCUCUUGCGGGCACAGCCCUGGAUGUUCUGACGGAGGACGGACUCCUGGGAGAAGUGAAGAAGGCAUGGCGAAGAGAGAUUAAAGGAGAAUGUCAAUGACAGGGAUGUGAUUGAAUAUCGAAUUGGAGAAUAAUGUUUCUUCUUUCCUUCUCUAUUUGCGCACCCAGUGCCUGCCCAGACUUAACUGUGCAACACAGUACCCCUAAGGGUGGCACUUGACUCAGAUACAUAGUAUAUAAAUAAUAUUUGUAAAGUGCAUUCCCACGAUAGAGAGGAACAAGAAGGUUAUCACGUGCUGAUAGAGGGGAGUUACACCUAGCGCGCCGCGAUAAGAAUCACCGACGCAAUUGAAGGUUUUCUAUAC